CGACAAAAGGCGUCGACGUCGUCAGUCUCGAAUCUACCUCCAUCAGCUCAAGUACCGUCAUGGCCGCCACCACGUUUGAAGAAGCCGUUGCUGCCAUCAAGGACUGGAACCCUGCCACCCAACCCACCAACGACGAGAAGCUCGCCAUCUACGCCUUGUACAAGCAAGCCACCGUCGGCGACGCCACCGGCGACCGCCCCGGCAUCUUCAACUUGACUGCUCGCUACAAGUUCGACGCGUGGGCCGCCAAGAAGGGCCUGUCCCAAGACGACGCCAAGGCCGCCUAUGUGGUCGAAGUGAACCGCCAAUUGGCUGCGUACAACUAAACUAGUCUUAGAAUAUCAUACCCCCCUUGCCUCUCAUUGUUACUCGAGUGUUAUUUCCA